GUGCGUUCGAUUUGCUCAUUAAAAUUCCGGUUCGGCGGAAAGUGAGUUUUGUCCGCAGUUUCGGCUGAGAAAAAGUCACCUUUUCGCACCGGCAGGGCCCGAUCUGUGUGAAAAUGUCGGCACCAAAGUACACAGAGUGGAUCUUGGAGACCAUCGACAGUCUGCGGAAGCGCAAGGCGCGGCCAGACGUGGAUAGGAUCUGCCACAUGGUGGAGCGGAGGCAUGGCGUGAAGUCGGCCGAGAUCGCGGCGGACUUGGAGCGGCUAGUUGACGCGGAUAUCGUCAUUAAAGUGGAAUACAAGGGCAGUACGUCCUACAGGAACGCCGCGAAAUGGAAGAAAAGUCACCUCAGCGGGAUCCAGCUCAACUCGCAGCGGGCCUCGCACAAGGUCCUGGCGGCCGUGCGGGGCCUGUUCGCGGUAGGUCCGGGUGGGAGCCGCGCGGCGGCCGGUGGAAGUGAGGGGGAAGAGGCGGGGAGCUCUUCCACUCGUGGAGCCACGCAGGGGGUCACGCCGACGGACAUCGAGAAUUACCUGCGCCAAGAGGACUCCAGCACCAACCUGACCGGCGAUCACCUCCUCACCGUUCUCCAGAGAGAAGUGGAGGCCGCACGACUCGUCAGGACGCGCACCGGCGAGUAUGUGCUGCCCGGCGGACAAAAACCUGCUUCCAGCCCGAAGAAGACCUCGCCGGCUGGCGCGGCCGCUCCGGCACGGUUUACCAAACGCAAGAGAAUCAAGAAGACCCAUGGACCAGACUUUGAGCAGGAGCCACUGGUCAAGUCACCGUCUGACCCGCGGUGUGACUACUGUCUCCUGACUUCGGAGUGUAACCGUAGUGGGGAGGAGGAAGACCUGCUCAUCUGUAAGGACUGCAAUGCAAAAGCUCACCCGUCCUGUAUGCGCUACUCUGCGGACCUGGCUCGCAGAUCGCGGAUGUCUCCAUGGCAGUGCAUCGACUGUAAGACGUGUUACAUCUGCGAUGACUCUGGUGACGCUGAGACCCUCCUGUUCUGUGAUGCUUGUGAUAAGGGUUAUCACAUGGCCUGCCACGAGCCGGCUGUCACUCACAAACCUCUGGGAAAGUGGGUGUGCCAGCGCUGUAAGGAUGACACAGGAAUGGAGAUAGAUGAAGACAGCAUGGAUACAGGUGAAACCAGCCCCCACAAGUCACCGCCCCAACUGAUCAACGGGAUAGCAGAGAGAAAACAAACCAAGCAGACGAGCGGUGACCGGAAGAGCCAGACCGUUGCCACGCCGACCCAGCCCGAGUCCGCGUGCCUCCCGGAGCAGUCGGCGUCGGUUAUGGAGGCGCUGCAGAAGAAGAAACCCGUCGCUGCGGCUUGGGCCAUCACCGACGUCGUCGACUUCAUCAAGGAAGUCGGGUUUGAGAAGGAAGCAGAGGCGUUCCAGGAACAGGAGAUUGACGGGCCGGCGUUCCUGCUGCUGAAGCGAAGUGACGUCCUGACGGGCAUGUCAAUCAAACUUGGCCCCGCCCUCAAGAUCUACAACCACGUCAUGAAGGUUCAGACUAACACCCACCCCAGCUUGUGACCACACCUACGGCAGUCUGCACGGGGAGGCUAGGUCAACAGUACACGUUGGCAGAAUGUACCGCGUCAGCGCAAAACCCUGAUUUUCCACGGUUUUCGUUGGAAGUUUGGUCAAGGUUGCAUAAGAAUUUUACCUGUUGCGGACGAUAUCUUUUCUGACAUAACAUUUGAAAACUACAGACGAUAUGUUAAUAUAUAUGUGCACAUACAACCUUAUAUGAGACGUUCUGCCGAAGUGCUAUGCACAAUACAUUACGGGUUUCGCGCAGGUGCAGUAUGUUCUGCCGACAUGCUAGUCUAGGUUGUGUGCUGUAAACUUCGGGGCUUUGUCAUCAUUUAAGUUGUUUGUCAUAACAGUUAAACCACAUUGAUUCAUUUCCUUGGUUUGAUUCUUGAACAUUUUAAAGGAUAAAUUUAGUGAGAAGACAAACCAAAACCAAGGAGGGGUGGGAAGAAAACUUAUUCAUUUUCUCUCUCUAAAGCUGUUUGUACCAAAGUACAGACACUUCUUUCAGACUCUGUCUUUAAUGUUAAUCUUAGUUUAUUUUCAAAUCUAAGAACCAAGGUCAAGGAUAUGUACUGAUUUAGUCACACCAGUGAUUCCCAUGUUGGCAUGGUGGCUCCAAAAUUGCUAGCUCUUCUUUCAGUUAAGGAAACAGUUUCUAUGUAAAUAUUUCAAAUGUGUGACUUUUCCUACAAACUGGUGUCACUAUGGUUAUGAGGGUAAAAUACUGGUAACUUUCAGUCCUUACUACAUCACUGAAAGGCUUCUGAUGUUUAAAUUGUGUUUCCAGCAUGUGAUACUGAUAUUGUUGUUUUUGCAUUUGAUCAGGGGAGAUUCAUUAAUACACAGGUGUAGGAUGAAGAUGUAGUGUUCCUGUAGUUUUUGUAUCUGGUCUGAAGACUGUAAACUGAUUGUUGACCAAAUGGAAAUGAUAGGUCAUGCUUGCUAUGUACAUAUUUACGUAUUGACUAACGUUAAUAUUGAGAACCUUUCAUUGUACAUUGUACUUGUUUCAAGUUAAUUGGUCCUUGGAUUUUCCCGGAGAAAAAUCGAAAAGCAGCAAAAAGGAAAGAUUUCUGUACAUAUGAAAGAAAUGAAAACAGUUCUUGGUUUUUCUGAAUGUAAUUGUCUAUUCUUUGCACAAUAAAAGAUACACUUGGAACUGUUCUUCCCAAUAUAUGUCCGUAGCUGUAUUUCUGAAUACAGUUUUUGCUGGAAAUGACUGUUAAUAUAUCUAUCAGGUAGCUUUGUAAACCAAACAUGCCAGCAACACAAGAUACUCAAAUGUUCACUCAAUUCUUACAAUUGCUUCCUACAGUGAGUGAGUGCAUUGUUUUGUUGUUAUGGUUGAAAACUUAAGAUGAUAUUUAUUAAGAGAUUGUUAUCA